AUGGGAUCAGUCAGUGCGAGCGAUCAUCUCAUGUUUGUCGCUCUUGUGGUUACAUGGGGCAACUUUGUCGUAAACUUCUAUCAAGACGAGACGAGCCGACACUCCCGUCCAAGCUAUCUGUUCAAACCAGAGGAGCAUCCAGAGGUUGUGGAACAUGUGCGCGGGAACCUUAUCUCAUGGUGGGUAUACCGCUUGACCUACACCAUUGGCUUAGGCUUCGUAAAACUCAGCAUCCUCUUCUUCUACCGCGCCAUCGCCGCCAACAAGACAUUCCGUCGGCUCGUGUACGCUACGAUCGCGUUUGUGUGCAUGUACACAUUUGCUGCGAGCAUGGCGUCCACCUUUCAAUGCGAAAAUCCCUCAGACGCUUGGUCAACAGUCAACUACUUGGCACAGUUCGAUCGCGAUCCAAAAACCAAGCAAAUACAGGUCAAAUGCUUCGAUCCUAUCAAGCUCUGGGUGUUCUCCUCCGCCUCCAAUCUGAUAAGCGACAUCAUCAUUCUCAUGCUACCGCUACCGACGCUGCUCAGCCUUCGCAUACCCAUGGCCAAACGUCUGGCACUCAUUGGCAUAUUUUCUGUUGGAGUCAUGGCCAUCACUGCAUCGUCCGUACGAAUGUGGGUUAUGAUGCUGUGGGCCGAGUCACCUUAUAAUUCGGCGCGUUUUGGAAACGACCUCCUUCUGUGGGGUCAAGUUGAGACAAACAGUGGAAUCAUCUCCUCAUCUAUACCAUUCCUCCGUCUCUUGUUCCGCAGCAAACGAAAGGAAGAGCGGAGCGCAACGCCGAGGAAGGUCUACAAAGUCCCUUCGCAGCCUCUCCAGAUUGAUGCCUUUAGCCAGCACAAAGCACUCGACAUGGGCGAAUGGCCGCUCCGGGACGAGAAGAGGGCCACGGAGCAAUCCAAUUGCUUCAUCACCAUACACGCAGAUACGAUGCGUACUAGAGGCUCUGCUUGGGGUCCCUUCAUCACGAUACCGGAAAGCCUAAGCUCAAGCAGUAGAGGCGAGGCACAGCUGGAGCCCACACAGAAUCCGCAUAUGACAGUCUGUUGGGUAAUCACCGGCACCGUGGCUUCCUCACGCAUCACCAAGCUCUUCCUCGCCGCUGUCGCUCUCUUUAUUGCGACAUCCGCCAUCCUGGCUUCAAUCCGACUCGGCGGACGCGUACCAUCCAUAUUACAAUACGUCAAGCCCUCUCCGCUCCGGAAUCCCAUCUAUACGCAACCGUUUAGGCCGCUCACCAACUCCACUAUGGCUCCGUCGCAAUACAAGACCCCGCCACAGCUGCCGCCCAAGUUCACAGCUACUAAGCAAAGCUUGAUUGACGAUGCAAAGAGACUGAUCGACAGGUCUCGCAGCGUCCAAGAUGCUAUCGUUCGCGAUGUAAAGCCCGAGAACGCGAACUUCCAAAACACACUCCUCCAAAUCGCCCGUGAUGACAACAAGAUGGCCAUCGAAUCGCACAUCCUUGGCUUCUACAACGCUGUGUCAACGAGCAAGGAGCUGCGCGAUGCGUCCAGCGAAGUGGAACAGAUGCUUGACGACUUUGGCAUUGAGUCGUCCAUGCGCGAGGACGUCUUCAAUCUCAUUGACGCUGUGCUGAAGAAGGGCGAGAAGCUGGAUCCUGAGUCCCAACGGCUGCUGGAGAAGGACCACAAGUCGUUUAUUCGAAAUGGUCUGAAUCUUCCCGCGGGACCCAAGAGGGACAGGUUCAAGGAGAUCAAGCAGCGUCUGAGUCAAAUCGGUAUCGCCUUCCAGAAGAACCUUAACGAAGAGAACGGUGGGCUGUGGUUCACACAAGAGGAAUUGCACGGCGUGCCAGAAGACGUUACCUCAGGACUCAAGAAGGGAGAGGGCGAAAACGAGGGCAAGUUAUUCCUGACCUUCAAAUACCCCGACCUCUUCCCAACCCUCAAGUACGCCACAAACCCGGAGACACGGAGGAAGGUUUUCGUCGAGAAUGAGAACAAGUGCAACGACAACGUACCACUGUUCAGAGAGGCCAUCUUACUCCGCGACGAAGCCGCCCGCCUUCUAGGCUACGACAACCAUGCACAGUUCCGGAUAGAAGACAAGAUGGCGAAGACCACCAAGACCGUCGAUGACUUCCUCGGUGACCUGCGCGAAAGGCUCGCACCAGGUGGCAAAAAAGAAAUCGAGAAGCUGAUGGAAUUGAAGGAGCAAGACGUCAAAGAGAAUGGAAUCACAGGUCCGUUGGCCAAAGACUACUACCUGUGGGACAACAGGUACUACGAUCGUCUGAUGCUGGAGAAGGAUUUCCAGCUCGAUCACCAAGUUAUUGCUGAAUACUUCCCCCUACAGACAACCAUCCAGGGCAUGCUGAAAAUCUUCGAGGAGCUCUUUGGUCUGGUGUUCGUCGAGAUUGUGGGCGAGGAAGACAGGGCUGCCCUUGCUGACGGCGGCAAGGGAUCCGACAUUGUCUGGCACGAAGAAGUGCAAGUUUUUAGCGUUUGGGACGACAAGGGCGAGGGCGAAGGCUUCGUUGGCUACCUCUAUCUGGAUCUCUUCCCACGUGACGGCAAGUACGGCCACGCAGCGAACUUCAAUCUGCAGCCUGGCUAUAUAGAUGAGAACGGCAAGCGACGUUAUCCAGCGACGGCUCUAGUCUGCAACUUUUCCAAGCCAACAAAGAAGAAGCCUUCACUACUCAAGCACGAUGAAGUAGUCACUCUUUUCCACGAGCUUGGACACGGUAUCCACGACCUGGUAUCACGGACAACCUACUCUCGCUUCCAUGGCACCAACACCGUUCGUGACUUCGUUGAGGCGCCAUCUCAGAUGCUGGAGAACUGGUGUUGGACACCUUCGCAACUACGCUCUCUAUCUCACCACUACUCUUACAUCUCUUCUGACUACGAGAAGGCAUACCUAGAGUCGUCAGGCGCCGAGAAGAAGCCCUCAGAGCAGAUUCCUCAAUCGUUGAUUGCCAAGUUGAUCUCCACGAAGCAUGUCAAUGACGCGCUGUUCAACUUGAGACAGUUGCAUUUUGGAACUUUUGAUAUGGCUGUUCACGAGCCGGCCAGCCACGAGGAGCUCGAAAAGAUGGACAUCACUGAGAAAUACAACUCUUUGAGGCAUGAGAUUAGUCAGCUAAAGGGCCCUGAAUCGCUGGAGGGCGACAAGAAGGGUGACUGGCACUGGGCGAAUGGACAGGCUACGUUUGGUCAUCUGAUCGGUGGUUAUGACGCUGGCUACUACGGCUAUCUCUCCUCUCAAGUCUACUCCACAGACAUGUUCUACACUGUCUUCAAGGACGACCCUAUGAACCCCAAAGAAGGCCGCCGCUACCGACACACCGUUCUUGAGCGUGGCGGUUCCAAGGAGGAGAUGGAAAUCCUCGAGGAAUUCCUCGGCCGCAAGCCCCAGACAGAAGCCUUUUACAAAGAGCUGGGUAUUUCGCAGUAG